GCUUAAUUCUGCUAAGUACCUCCCGGUAGGUCAAAGCGCAAAAGCUUGGUAUUACGGGUUAUUGCUGUUGGAUCAGGAGUAUCAUGAAGGCCUUUGUGAAGACCUUUCAAAGAAAGAAGAAGCCUGAUCCGAUUGUGGUUAAGCCGAGGAAGCCGAUUGAGGAGGAUGAGUCUCAGACUGGAACGCCCGUGUCUGCGACAUUAACCGGUCCAGCACAACCUUCGACGUUCGUUACGCCAUCGGCAAUCACUCGGGAACCGGAGCAACCACAACAUAUCGCAGCAGAACCUCCACGGAUAACCGGUGCACCACCCCAGCUCGUUGUUACACCUCUUGAGAACCCUCCUACAGAGCAAGAAAUCCGCGCUGCCUUCGUGAACUUCCCAACCUCUACUCCCACCUAUGGGGAACCUCCAGCAUCAGCAAGAUCCACAAACGCUUUCCGCCUGGUCCCGCCGCCAAUGCGAUCACCACCACUACCGCCAGCACAGAGUGCGCAGCUUGAGGAUGAGAAAGGUGUGAUCAGAGACUCGUGGUUGGCGCCGUUCCCGAUGCCGCCGGUUAGGAGGGAUGAGGAUGCUGAGUUGAGUGAUGUUGCGGAGGAUAUGGAGGAUGAAGAUGAUGAGUUGAGGAGUGUGGGGGCUGCAAAGGUUGGUCUUGGUCUGGAUCUUGGGAUUAUUGAGGAAGAUGAGGGUGUGCGUUCGCCCUCGAUGCCGCCGCCAGCACCGCCUGUACAUGGCGAAGUGUAUCUAGGAGAGGAAGAACUGGCGACACAACAUGUAUAUGAGGAGACGAAGACGCCUCAACUUGCAUCAUCGAAGUUUGGAACCUUCAGAAACUCGCCGACUCGAAGUCCACGGGCUGGUUCUAUCCUGCGGAGGGCCAGAACGGUUAUGCAUCGUCGACAGGAGAGUCUUGGUACGAACGGUACGCCCAACCCACAGUCAGAUGAUGAUGUUACGCCUACGCCAAAUAAGUUUGCCUGGGACUUUGAUCAUCGCCUAUCACUUGGGUUGUCAAGCAUGGGACACUUUCAACCGCCGCAAGAGGAGGACCCGGUCACUCCGGUUGUGCAACCCAAAUCAUUGAAUGAUCCUCUACCCACACCACCUCCGUCCGGUUCCUCCUGGGCGAAAGACGCUCUCGCUACUGAGGACGUGCCACCGCCUCCGCCGCCACAUCUAUUACCAGUACCCCCACCACAUGCUGAGAGACCCCGUCCCGGAACCCCCAACGGCGCAUGGACGCCUACAACACCGUAUGCUGCAUCAUCGAAUCUGGGCCCGUCCACCCCGCAAUUACCUACGACACCUGCAAUCCCGCUUCCAGCACCACAUCUCACCCUCCCCUCACCACAUGUCUCGUCACCAGCGACAUUCCGGUCUGCAUCACCAGUCUCGAGCUUCGGUACCACACAAUCGAGUCCGAUCUUACCGGCUAACCUGACGAGAACGCCUCUGGAACCGCCAAAGCUCCCGGACUUCAAUUUUGGAGAUGCGUUGGUGGAUGAAAGUCCUUCGAAGGUUGUGGCAGGGUAUAUGGGCGGUAUGGCAGGUUCGCCUGUGAAGUUCACGUUUCCACCAAGGCCGGAAGCGUCUCCUCUGCGAGCACCACCUCCGACUAUGGCACCUUUGAGGAGACCACCGUCGCCUCCGGUAUCUCACAACGAGGUUCCGAGUCAACUGGCACCUCAAGAAGAGGCCAUUGAGCCCUCUCUGAGUGGUGUCGAGGAUUUCCCGGAACGGUCUGUUACUCCAACACCAACCUCAGGCAAUGGUGUCCGUACUGGGGAACCCUUGCUGACACCGACGCUGCUUGACACUGUGUUCCAUGAGUCAAGCUCUCCUAUUGUCGGUGGAUACAAUGCCCAAUCCAUGAAAAUCGCCAUCCAAGCGGAUGUUUAUCUUUGGGAGGAUGAAAAUUGGCAAGACCUCGUUGAGGGUGCCAAGUGCAUUCUCACCACCUUUCCGGAGGACAGAUACUGCUUGCUCCAGAUCAACUUCCCUGCAGUACAGGCCGCGGACGAUCUGGUCCUUGGCGAGGAGGAGCUCGUGGCCCUUGCUGUGGACAGUGAGACGACAUUGCAGCGCAACGAGGAGAAGCCUCAGCACCUCAUCAUCGGGUUUGCUCUCGAUCGAACUCAAAGGGAGUAUUACCGCUUCAAGGUAGAGGCGGUUGAACAGGCUGAUGCCUUGUACAACGCAGUUUACGACAGCAUCAGUCAGGCAGGUUCCAACGAUGCUCCUAUACCAGUGGAGGCAGCUUCGCCUGAGGCCGGUGAGGUGCUCGUCAAGGACGCCAAGGUCAAGCUGUUCGCUCGAAUUGAAGCCAACAACUGGAGGCAGAUCGGGAAUGGUUCCGCCAAGCUAACCAUCUCGUCCGCGAAGCAGGCAGCACCCGUACUUGGCCAUGGUGUGGGAAUGACUCAAUCCGUAUCCACAAACUCCAUUUCGAGCUUCAUGAAUAGCCAUAGCGGACGAAGCAAGGGUCCAUCGAAGCGGGUGGUUCUGACUGUGGGUAAGGGCAAGAAGGAGCAGCAGCUUGUUGAUACGUACGUGAAUGAAAGAGAUUGUGAGAAAAUGGGAAAGUUCGGUAUCGCGGUGAGAGUGCAUGGUGUGGGCGUUUACCUGCUACAAUUCAAAUCGGACAAGGAGCAAGGAAGGGUAUUUGAUACUUUGAGAUCCUCGAACUGAGGAAGCCGAGCAAUGCAAUGAGCAUAGCACAGCACGAACGGGACAAUCAUGGACAGGGUGCUUGGGACAUAUAGCGGGCGUUGAAUCUAGUUAGGGUAAUAAUAAUGCAAUCCCUCCUAUAAUGAG